GCCAAGCAAUCGCACGCGCAAGGACACAUCCAUCAACGGAAGCCUCUUGCGCCCGGAUCAACUCCUAUUCAUACGAGGAGCGCAUGUCAUGGCGGCUGUAUUGCGCAACUCACUCACGAUAUUUCUCUUCUUCUAAGACACAUGCGGCUGAGCCACUAACUUCAUCAUGACCCGCCGGAUAGUCCGAACAGGCAUUCAACUCAUAUGCUUCGCUAUCCUCGCCUGCUUCGUAGUAUUCUUCGUCGAUAACCGAUACCGCGUCCUGCCGCAGUCCGUUCAUAAUCACCUGCCCCUGCACCAUGAGGGUUUCGUCAUCACCGACAUCACGGUACAGACAUGUUCGAGCCUGAACCCGCUCUCGAAAUGUAUGCUGGACCAGAAGAAGUGGCACCGCGUCGAGAAGGAUCUCUACCUGGGGUCUGGAUGGGUGUCCAAGGCAUACGUACACAUCAGGCGUAGGAGGGAGGAAGAGCUUACAAGCGACGACAAGGUCAUUGUCGAUGUCCGCACUGGCAAGCUCGACCCAGCGAUGGGCGAGAAAUCUCAGGCUUCAGAGAGGUGGGAGUCUCGCCCGGCGGGCGUUUGGAUUAAGAGGUCGCUCAAGCGUCACGCGAGCGACUCGAAACAGGCCGUGACGGCUGUCGACAUCUUGUUUGGAUCUGACGCAGUAGAGCCACGUCCUGGGUGGGAGCUCGUCAAGAACGGCGCAUUGCAUCUCGACACAGCUCGAGACAGCAAGGACCCGCGACUGAGCAUACGUCGUGGAGCACCACACAAGAGCGAGAAGCCAGUUCCAAAAAUCCGCAAAGACGGCAAGUUCAAGAUCAUGCAGAUCUCUGACCUUCAUCUCAGCACUGGCUUGGGUGCAUGCAGAGAUCCGGAACCGAAAGGUGCCAAUGGCGGCCAUUGUGAUGCUGAUCCAAGGACGCUGGAAUUCGUCGAACGUGUUCUGGACGAGGAGAAGCCUGAUAUGGUUGUGCUUUCUGGUGAUCAGGUCAACGGUGAUACUGCACCAGACAUCCAAAGCGCCCUCUUUAAGAUCAUCGAGCCCCUCGCCGAGCGCAAAAUCCCCUAUGCAGCCAUCUUUGGAAACCACGACGACGAAGGCACGCUAUCUCGCCAAGUGCAAAUGUCGCUCUACGAAUCCUUGCCGUACUCGCUGUCCGAGGCUGGCCCAAAUACGAUCGAUGGUGUCGGCAACUACUAUGUCGAAGUGCAAGCACACAAUAGCAAGCAUUCUGCGCUGACACUUUACAUGCUUGACACACACGCGUACUCUCCGGAUGAAGCUCACUAUCGAGGUUACGACUGGAUCAAGCCGAAUCAGAUCAGCUGGUUCAAGAACACUGCUGAAGGUCUGAAGGAGGCUCACGGCAAGUACACUCACAAGCACCUGGAUAUGGCAUUCAUACACAUUCCUCUGCCUGAAUACGCAGACCGAAACAACGAGUUCGUCGGCAAUUGGACGGAAGGCGUGACAGCUCCGGCGUUCAACACCCACUUCAAGGACGAGCUGGUCAAGCAGGGCGUCAAGUUCGUUUCCUGUGGUCAUGACCACGUGAACGACUACUGCAUGCUCUCGAAAGAGCACGCAACUCAGGAACCUGAGCUGUGGAUGUGCUAUGCCGGCGGCAGCGGCUUCGGUGGCUACGGCGGGUACAACAAUUUCCAUCGCCGGCUGCGGGUGUUCGAGAUCGACACAAAUACUGCGCGCAUCUCUACUUGGAAAAGGCUGGAGUACGGGGAUAUCGGAAAGAGGUUGGAUGAGCAGAUGAUAGUCGAUGCUGGACGGGUCCUGCCAGUGCAACGAGAUAACCAGGAAUAGAUGUCUUCGCGUGGAUUUGCAACAAGCAAGGCGUUCUUGGUGUUGUAGGGUAUUAUGGAGAAGGUUUUAUCGGAUCAAAAUGGUUGAUCCGCAGGCUGGCUGCGUACGUGUACUAUACAUCAUAUCAUGCAAGGUCGCAAAUGAACACUACUCUCAAUCUC